AUCUAUUUUGUCAGCUUCAACUUCAUAAACUAUUUAAUCAAUGAAUAAAAACUUUUUAGUUUAAUAUAUAUUAAAAUAAUGGAGAUGUUAUCAGCUAUUUGUGUUUUUCAAUUAGUGGCGAUGUUGCCGACUAUAAUGGGAAAACCGUUCAAUGCAACAAAAAUAGAAGUAGAAAACGUUUGUACAAAAAAAUAUUUUGAAGAGACUUAUCUUCGAGAUGAAAAACUUGCUCUCGAUGCAAAGGUAUUUGCAGAAAAAUGCUCAAAUUCUCGUUCCCAUCAGUGCGCGGAACGUAUUCUUUUAGAAGAAAACACUUUACAAGCGACUUUCGGAAUAACAACUGAAGGCAAAGAUGCUUUGCAUGUUUAUUAUGAAAAGAGUUUCUCAAAGCAAUUUUUUCAAGACUGUUGGGGGGCCGCUAUUCAAAUCAAUGCAAAAAAUUAUUCACAGACAUUUUACUUUAUGGAAUAUGAACAUAUACCUGAAGUAUCAGUUCUUGUUAAACCUGGUGAGGAAAUUCAAAUAAGUUCAAUUUAUUUACCAACUGGACAUCUAAUAUCAAUGACAAUAAGGACACCUGGCAGUCAAUGUGAAAAAGAUGCGCUAGAAGAACUUUAUGACACUGCUUCGUAUGAAAACUUAACUCAUUGUUCUCAAUUCGAACUACUUUUUAUGUUGCGAGUAACCGAAGAAAUUUGUAAUCAGAAAGUUUCAAAUAAUAAAAGUGUCGCUGAUGCAAUAAACUCAUUGAAAAAAGUUUGCGUGCAAAAAAUGAGAAACCAAGACUUUGCCGAGUUCAGUAAUAUAACCAAGACUGUAGAAAUUCACAGCGGAAUACAUGCAUUGCUUCUUGUUUUUUCAACAUUGACUGCUCCUUUUGUAAUAGUACUUGCCCUAAUUAUAUACUUUAAAGUUUGGCGUAAUAAACAAUACAAAACUCAUAAGUUUUUGUCAGAGUCUUGGCUGUUAGAAAAUCAUUCAAAAAUAAAAGACGAAAAUAACUUAAUCUCAGAUGUCGCACAGAACAAUAAAUAUAUUUCGGUUUUAAUCAUUAACCGGCCGGGUUGCGAUCUGCUAGAUAAAGCCAUGAUAAAUUUAACUUUUGUUUUAAAGUCAUUUGGGAUUGAUGUGAAGUUAGCAGCUCUUGAGCAAUCUCAAAUAGAUUCCGAUGGAGGAAUUGCAUCAUUUAUGCAAAAAAACAUUGAAACUUGUGAUUACAUUUUAAUUGCGUGUUCUUAUUCAAAUCCUGAAGAUUUCGAAAAUCAAAAACCGUACGAAUUUGCUGUUCGAGUGAUAAAUGGAUUAGCUUAUCACAACAACAGUUGCUCUCGAUUUAUUCCAAUUUAUCUGAAUGACUAUUCUGAAAUUGCACAUUUAAUUCCUUCGUUUUUAAAAGUAACUAUAACGGCAGGUUUUAAAAUACCUGAAGAUGUUCUUAAACUUGUAAAGAUAAUUUCAAAUAAAACUUUCACUUCAGAAAAAGGAUUAAAAAAUGAAUUUUUUAUAAACGAACUAAGAGAAUCGGUAAUCAAGUAUUUAUCCAAAAAUCAUGAAAAAUGUUCUUUUAAAGCUGGUUGUCCAAAGGGAAAACUUAUUAGACAAAGUGUUAGUAAUCUCUCCUUCUCAGCUAUUGAUUCACGGUAUUCAUCUUUAAAAUCAAUUAUUGAAUCAUCUUCGUCGCUCGAUAUCAGAAACAAUACUGUAGAUGAAAUUCAAAAUGUUUAAUGUUUUUCAAAAUUUUAUGAUUCCUAUCAUAACUUUUCUUUUUAUAAUUAUAUAACUUAAAUUCGCUUGUAAAUACGUUAAAAACUGUGUAAAUAUAUAUAUACUUUUUUUUUUUUUUUUUUUGUAAUGAUUUCUUUAGGAGUGGUUUUUAUAAAACAAA